ACUUUUUAAAAGCUUUCUUCAGUUAAAAUUACCUAACUCUUCAGCCACAAUCUCUUACUAAAGGAACAAAUUAUCAAUUCUGCUCCAGCAGAGGGAAAUAAGGUUUUUCCAAUGGACUCUCUAGUGACUUCCAUCAACCAAUUUGCCCUGGAGUUUAGCAAAAAGCUAGCAGAAUCUUCUGUGGGUAAAAAUAUUUUCUUUUCUCCCUGGGGCAUCUCAACUUCUUUGGCCAUGGUGUACUUGGGCACCAAAGGUACCACUGCUGCUCAAAUGGCCCAGGUGCUUCAAUUUAACAGAGUCCAGGACCUCAAAUCUGGUCCUGACAGUGAAAAGAAAAGGAAAAUGGAAUUCAAGUCAUCCAAGGAGGAAGAAAUACCCUGUGACUUCCAGACACUUAUUGCAGAAAUUGUCAAGCCCAGCAAUUCCUACAUAUUGAAAACAGCCAAUAGGAUAUAUGGGGAGAGAACGUAUCCAUUUCACAACAAAUAUUUAGAAGACAUGAAAACAUAUUUUGGUGCAGAACCUCAGUCUGUUAACUUUGUGGAAGCUUCUGAUAAAAUCAGAAAGGAGAUCAACUCAUGGGUUCAGAGUCAGACCGAGGGUAAAAUCCCGAAUCUCCUACCUGAUGACGCUGUGGACUCCAUGACCAGGAUGGUUCUGGUGAAUGCCCUUUACUUUAAAGGAAUCUGGGAACAUCAAUUCUUGGUGCAAAACACCACAGAAAAGCCUUUUAGAAUAAAUAAGACUACGAGCAAACCUGUGCAAAUGAUGUCUAUGAAAGAGAAACUUCACAUUUUUCAUAUUGAGAAGCCACAAGUCAUAGGCCUUCAACUCUACUAUAAAAGCCGUGACCUCAGUUUGCUUGUACUACUGCCUGAAGAUGUUAGUGGACUAGAACAGCUGGAAAAGACCAUCACCUACGAGAAGCUGAAUGAGUGGACCAGUGAAGACAUGAUGGAAUUGUAUGAAGUGCAGCUGCACCUGCCCAAGUUCAAGCUGGAAGAGAGUUAUGAUCUCAAAUCAACCCUGAGCAGUAUGGGGAUGAGCGAUGCCUUUAACCAGAGCAAAGCCGAUUUUUCCAGAAUGUCUUUGGUGAGAAACCUAUUUCUGUCCAAUGUUUUCCACAAGGCUUUUGUGGAAAUAAAUGAACAAGGUACAGAGGCUGCAGCUGGCACUGGGAGUGAGGUGGGUUUUCGGAUUAAGCUCCCUUCCAUUGAAUUCAAUGCAGAUCACCCAUUCCUCUUCCUCAUCAGGCACAACAAAAGCAAUAGCAUUCUCUUUUAUGGAAGGUUCUCCUCCCCCUAAGUCCUGCAUCAUUCAUCUAACAGUAUGAAAAAUGCACCAUAAGAUGGAAAAGCACAAUUAUCAUAAUACAUUUGUGGUCUAGACCUUUUUCACUUUUGAAUAUUUGGAAAUAAAUCUGAAAAUAAUGCUUUCUGGUGACCCUUUCAUGUCUGUACAGCUAGAGAGGAUGAAAAUUUUGAGUUUUACCACAUAAAGAUUUUGUCUUAUUGUGACUUAUUUACAUUAAAGAAAUACUGCUAUUCAGUUGAAUGCCUUAUAGUAGUUACUUAUCUUUAAUUGUCACUUAUCUUUCACAUUCACCAGUUAGUGUAGAAAAAUCUUUAAAAGAACAAUGUGAUACUCGUAAAUGAGAAAUUUCUGGAAAAAAAAUUUUAACGGCUCCUGAAAUACCACUGUAAAAUUAACUCUGCUUCCUGCUGGCAAUUUUAAAGAAUAACUUAUAUUGACAUUAAUGAAAAAAACAAUGAAACCUGUAACAGCAUACCAAUUUUUGUGUCAUAGUUUUGACAAAUGUACCCAGAUAAUGUAAAAUGUUAACAUUAGGGGACACUGUGUUAGGUGCAUGUGGGAAUUCUCUGUAUUGUUUUUGCAAUUAUUCUGUGUAUCUAAAAUUAUUCCAAAU